CGGGUUGUCCCGACGCAGUUAUGAGCUACAGGGACGGAAAAACAGAUGGAAGGUUAACCGGCCUGUCAUCUACACGUAUCAGUUAUUUUGAUUAACUUCAUUAUCUGCCAGGGAAUUUAUGCCUGUUGUUGUAUGAUAAGUUAUCUUUAGCCAUCUCGCCCUGAGUUGUGAUCAGAUAGCUACAGAAUGGACUCGGCUCAGGGGGAUUUCUCUCCACUCAAACGCUUUGUAGUUGCCAAGAAGAAGAUCAGUGAGGUGUUUGAGCAACUCUUGGAAUAUGUGAAGGAAGGCACACUGUUUGUACAAGAAACGUGUCAGAAUGAAGCCUUGGAGAACAUUGCAAGUCUGGGCCAACAAGAGCAGAUUCAGGAAUACUUUAACAAACUGCAAACAAUCAAAGACGUGCUAGCUCGCAGGCACAUGAAGGUUGCCUUCUUUGGCAGGACAAGUAAUGGGAAGAGUACCGUGGUCAAUGCCAUGCUGAGGGACCGGGUCCUGCCCAGUGGCAUGGGCCACACCACCAACUGCUUCUUGAGUGUGGAGGGCACGGAUGCAGACCACGCCUACCUCAAGACCGAGGGCUCAGAGGAGGAGAAGAGCAUCAAGACCGUCAACCAGCUGGGUCAUGCGCUGCACAUGGACCAGAGUCUGGAUGCCGGCUGCCUGGUGCGCGUCUUCUGGCCUAAGACCAAAUGUGCCCUGCUCAGAGACGACCUGGUCCUCGUAGACAGCCCUGGGACGGAUGUCACCACUCAGCUGGACAGCUGGAUAGACAAGUUCUGCCUGGACGCUGACGUUUUCGUUCUGGUGGCCAACUCAGAGUCCACCCUCAUGAACACGGAGAAGCAUUUCUUCCACAAGGUGAACGCGAAGCUUUCCAAACCCAACGUCUUUAUCCUCAACAACCGCUGGGACGCCUCGGCCAACGAGCCGGAGUACAUGGAGGAGGUGCGGAAACAGCACACAGACCGCUGUGUGAACUUCCUGGUGGAGGAGCUGAAGGUGGUGGACAGGGAGCAGGCACCCAACCGCAUCUUCUUUGUGUCGGCCAAGGAGGUGCUCAACUCCCGCAUGCAGCGCGCCCAGGGUAUGCCAGAGGCCGGUGGUGCAUUGGCCGAAGGCUUCCAGGAGAGGCUCAAGGAGUUUCAAAACUUUGAAAGGAUAUUUGAGGAGUGUAUCUCGCAGUCAGCAGUGAAAACAAAGUUUGAGCAGCACACUAUCAGGGCCAAACAGAUCACUGCUACGGUCAAAGCCAUCAUGGACGCCAUCAACAUUGAGGCAGCUGAGAAGAGAGUGGCCUCAUUGGAGGACCGUGAGUACCAGAUUGACCGCCUGGAAUUUGUGAAGAACCAGCUCAACCUACUAAUGGACGACAUUAAGAAGAAGAUCAAGGCCAUCACGUCAGAGGUGGAGAGCAAGGUUUCCAGUGCAAUGGGUGAAGAGAUCUGUCGUCUAAACGUUCUCGUCGAGGAGUUCCACUCAGAUUUCCACCCAUCGCACCAUGUCCUCAAGCUCUACAAGUCUGAGCUGUUGAGCCACAUCGAGGAGGGCAUGGGCAAAAACCUGGCCUUCCGCUGCUCCAACGCCAUCAACGCCUCUGUGCAGUCAUCCCAGAGACACAUGAUCGAGAGUAUGCAGCCUCUGCUGCCACCUGCUGUCCAGGACCAGAUCCAGGUAUUGGUGCCAAGCCACAAGUUUGACCUGAGCUACGACCUAAACUGCGCUUCACUCUGCUCGGACUUCCAGGAGAAUAUAGAGUUCCAGUUCUCGCUGGGCUGGACGACACUGGUCAACCGCUUCCUGGGGCCCACCAACGCCAAGCGGGCUCUCAUGCUGGUUGACAAGAACUUUCCGAUGACUCGCUCUCUGUCCACCACGCCCUCCAGUGGCCCCUCCUCGUUGGCAGUGAGCCAGCCCCAGGAAGCUGUGGUCUCCCAGGAGGAGCUGAUGAUGGCCAUGGUCACCAACAUCGCCUCCCUCACCUCCCGCACAUCUGUGAGCAUGGUCAUCGUUGGAGGAGUGGUUUGGCGGACUGUGGGCUGGCGUCUCAUAGCCUUGUCGGCCUCCAUGUACGGCCUGCUCUACCUCUGGGAGAAGCUCACGUGGACCACCAAGGCCAAGGAGAGAGCCCUCAAGCGCCAGUUUGUGGACUACGCCACUGAGAAGUUGCAGCUCAUCGUCAGUUUCACCAGUUCCAACUGCAGCCAUCAGGUCCAACAGGAGAUGGCCACGACCUUUGCACGGCUGUGCCAGCAGGUGGACCUGACACAGAGGGAGCUGCAGGGGGAGAUCAGUCAACUGACCGCCAAAAUCCAGACCCUGGAGACCGUCCAGAGCCGAUCCAAGAUCCUCCGGCAUAAAGCCACGGAGUUGGAAAAGCAGUUGGAGAAUUUUACGAACCAGUAUCUGAAUAUCCAUCAAUGAUGGACUGGGCCUCUGGCGCUACUCGUUUCCUUGGAGCCUCAGUCCCAGCAUCUGGUGUUGAAUACCAAUUCCUGGCCCCCCUGCCGCCGACCUCCCCAGAAAUAAGUCCAGACCACCCUUGACAGUAGUAUUCCUCUUGGGAUAUCCCCACAUCUUGAACAGUUGUUUCUCUAAGAAGAUAUAAGCAAGUGUGUCCGGUCUUUCAUACAAAUCACAGAAGCACUUUGCCGGGAACAAACUGUGUGCGUCAGUACCGAAGAUUGAGAUGUAAAACCUUGGUUGGUAUGGGAUCAGGUGCUCUGGACUGUGUAUUGACUCCUCUUCUAACUGUGAAUAUGCCUUUCACUACCUGCUGGUGAGUUUGUGUACUCCUAAGGGGAAAAUGUGACUUUCAUUUGGAGCAAAAUUUGUUCAGGAUGAACCUUGAAACUGGUACCGCAUUGCAGGAAAAACUUUUGUGAAGGUCGUUCCCUAAAAUUCAGCGAAUAGAUAUUGGGCUUGACACAAAGGCCUUUGUACUCUUCGUAAGCAGCAUUCUUUAAGAAUCAAACCUAUUCAUGUCCGAUCAAGGAAAUACAAACGGUGUUAAAUGAAAGCAUUUUAUAAGCCUUUUAUAAGUUUGUCUGCAGUUUCUACUGUUUUGAUCUGUCAUGUUUACCAUGAUUACCUUUGAACAAUCUCCACUUUGUAAGGAUAAAAAGUUUGUUCUUUUUUUUUUUUUUGAUGAAUGUGAAUUGAAAUAUCUCCUGAGUUACCAGAAUCUAUUAAAAGAAAAUGUGUCCAUGGACACAAUGUCAAGUGAUUCUGGUGUUUUAAUGGACACAACCUAAGAUGAAUAACUCACAUUCUUGGUUGAAAUGGAAUGUAUCAAUUGCAUAAAAAAGAACCAAGCUUUUAUGGAAUUGUAGGUGGGUAGCAUUCAAGCAACUAGUAAAGUAAUUUAUUAACCAUAACUUUUCAUCCAACAUUGCUUCAACACAAAUCCUUGGUUAAAAGCUUUUUAUUGGUUACAAUAUCAUGGCAACGUAUCUGUAUCACCAAGCCACUGUACAAAUACAAAACAAACAAAAUCUGGUGUGAAAAAGACUAUAAAAAUUAUUCCAUAACAAGUGAUUAUAAUGUCCACACAAUAGCACUGUAAGAGAAAUCAUGGCACCAAGUCCCUGUUUUUUUUCACUGGCUAGAAACACUAAGGAAAAAUCGAAUAAGACUUAUUAGAUCGGAGAGCCUGAAGGCAGUGCAUUAAUUCGUGUCAGUGUUUGUGGUGAUCAGCAGAUGAGACGCUGCUCAUCAAAAGGAGGGCGGUGGUUGCAUUUUCAACAUUAGAUCAUCUUUGUUUCCAUCGAUAUGCGCUCCUCCGUUUUCAGAUUUGUCCAAACAACACAAAA